CUUCCGUGGAAGUGGGCGUCUCCCGCUCUGACCACAGUCUCCGCCUAGCGGGCGUGGCUCGCCAUGGCCUCUCCUCUCUCCCACCUGCUCCCCCACAGCCCAGAGGGAGCGGAGCUGAGGCGGGUCGGGGCUGAGCGCGCUUUAACCCGCACAUUCCAGCCCCGCAGCAGAGAGCGCGGGACACACGCACACAGCGCGCGCCUGCACGGGCUCCUCUUCACUGGACUAAACGCCUUCAAGUUGUGAUCGCGCGCAGGCCUGACUGAAUCUGUUCGGACGGAGUGAUCAUGCGGAGGAUGAGGAGUCUCCUGCUGGGGACCUUGACCCUCCUGGUCUGUGCGUUCUCGGCCGUGUCCGUCCAGGGCAGCUCUUUCUCCUCCAUCCCGCCACUGUCUGCCCCCCGUGUCUACCUGCCUUUCAAAGAGUUGAAGUCCACAGGCACGGCCCAUCACUUCGCCUUUCUGCUCAACUCCACUGAUUACAGGAUCCUGCGCAUGGACGAGGAUCAUGACCGCAUGUAUGUGGGUAGCAAGGACUACAUCCUGUCACUGGACCUGAAUGACAUCAACAAAGAUCCUCUCAUAAUCCACUGGCCCGUGGCUCCUCAGAGGAGGACUGAAUGUGUUCUGUCUGGGAAGGACAUCAACGGCGAGUGUGGAAACUUCAUCCGGCUGAUUGAGCCAUGGAAUCGCACUCACCUGUAUGUGUGUGGGACAGGUGCCUAUAACCCCAUCUGCACCUAUGUGGACAGGGGUCACAAGUCGCAGGAAUACAUUUUCCGUCUGGAGCCAGGCAAAGUGGAUUCUGGGAAGGGAAAAUGUCCAUUUGACCCCAAACUGAACAGCGUGUCUGCUUUGAUCAAUGGCCAACUCUAUGCUGGAGUCUACAUCGAUUUUAUGGGAACGGACUCAGCCAUUUUCCGCACACUAGGAAAACACACAGCCAUGAGGACUGACCAGUACAACUCACGCUGGCUCAAUGAUCCCACGUUUGUCCAUGCGCAGCUCAUACCAGACAGCGCUGAGAAAAAUGAUGACAAGCUGUACUUUUUCUUCCGUGAGAAGGCUUCUGAGAUGGGCCAGACUCCGAUGGCUCAGUCCAGAAUUGGAAGGAUCUGUCUGAAUGAUGACGGAGGUCACUGCUGUCUGGUUAACAAAUGGAGCACCUUCCUGAAGGCUCGACUCAUCUGUUCUGUAACAGGGGCUGAUGGCAUUGAGACACACUUCGACGAGCUCCGAGACGUGUUCAUCCAGAAGACUCAAGAUACCAAGAACCCUGUCAUCUAUGGAGUUUUCUCCGUAUCUGGGUCAGUGUUCAAAGGUUCAGCCAUAUGUGUAUAUUCCAUGGCUGAUGUGCGAAUGGUCUUCAACGGCCCCUUCGCUCACAAAGAAGGCCCGAACUACCAGUGGAUUCCUUACCAGGGCAAAAUCCCGUACCCUCGGCCUGGGACAUGUCCAGGAGGGACUUUCACCCCCAACAUGAAGUCCACUAAAGAUUACCCAGAUGAGGUCAUUAACUUCAUGCGGAAUCACCCGACCAUGUACAACGCUGUGUACCCGGUGCAUAAGCGCCCCCUGGUGGUGCGCACCAACGUCGACUAUGAGUUCACCACCAUCACUGUGGACCAGGUGGCCGCAGCAGAUGGCAACUAUGAGGUGCUUUUCUUAGGAACAGACAGAGGGACAGUACAGAAGGUCAUUGUUCUACCUCGAGAUGACCUGCAGACUGAAGAGCUGGUUCUGGAGGAGGUGGAGGUAUUUAGAGUUCCAACUCCAAUUACCACAAUGAAGAUUUCUCCUAAAAGACAACAGCUGUAUGUGAGUUCAGCGGUGGGGGUGACUCACCUGGCGCUCCACAGGUGUGAUGUAUAUGGUGAGGCGUGUGCAGACUGCUGCCUCGCCCGGGAUCCCUACUGCGCCUGGGAUGGCAAAUCCUGUUCCCGUUACUCUGCCAACCAGAAGAGGCGCAGCCGAAGGCAAGAUGUGAAGUAUGGCAACCCUAUUAGACAAUGCAGAGGCUACAACUCCAACGCCAAUAAGAACACUCUGGAGUCGGUGCAGUAUGGAGUUGAGGGAAGCACUGCUUUCCUGGAGUGCCAGGCCAGAUCUCCUCACGUAUCAAUCAAAUGGCACUUCCAGAAGGAGAACAGUGACAGGAGGAGAGAGAUCCGCUCGGACGGUCGCGUCGUGCGCACAGAGCAGGGCCUCCUCCUGCGCUCCCUCCAGCUCUCAGACGCCGGCAGCUACCAGUGCACGUCCACCGAGAAGAACUUCAAGCACACACUGAUCAAGCUGCAGCUAGUAGUGCUGUCGGCCCGUACUGUCAACAGCAUCCAGGCGGAAAUACCUGGCCCCGCCCCUCCAGGCCCCCUGCAGGCCAGCGCGUGGACGCCCAGCGCUGAGCAGUACAAAGACCUGCUGACCAUCCUGAGCCAGCCCGAGAUGGGACUCAUCAACCAGUACUGCCAGGACUACUGGCAGCAGGGUGACGACCCGGCCACCACCGUCCACAGGAAGAAAGACUCCAAGGAGCUGAAGGAGUUGCGCAAGCCGCGCAACAGGAGACACCACGAGGGCCAGAGGAGCAUGGCUGAGACAUGAGGAGGACGCCAGCUCUUCAAACACACACACACACACACUCACAUAAAUACACCCACAAACACACACAUACACAUGCACACAAAACACACACUUCCUUUCACCACAAGAUCCGAGACGCUAUGGUCGAACAAGUCCAACUGAAACAUGGCCAAGGGACUAAAACGGACACACUAGAGCAGCAUGUGGUGAGAAUAGGCAGUAUUUAUUGUAGGUUGUAUAUAGUUAGACUCUGUGGAUAUCUUUGUACUGAGAGCACAAAAAGAGAAAAAAAAGCAGUUUUUUGUGUAUAGAUCCUUCUGUGCAAAUAUUUUGUUAUUGUUAUUCUUCUUAUAGUAUAUUUAUUAUAGUGUUAUUGUCAUAACGAACUGUGUGAUUGUACUAUGAGGGAUGGCAGAAGGCUCAGUUUCAAGCUGUAUACACUAAGCAUGCAAAACACAGUGGGCAUCUACCUGUAGGUGAUCCUAAAAGGCCACCACAUGGUGUCUGAGUUGUAACACCACUAAUUUGAGAAUGGUUGUACUGUGAAAUCUGCUGAGUCAGUGUAGCAUGUCUUGAACUCUGUUUAGGCCGUUGUCCAUUGAUUUCCAAUCCCAAAUCAAAUAGCCAGGUGUUUUUAAUAUAGAGGCCAUUCACAUUCAACACUGGUUUUAUGUACAAGUUAUUCAUUACUUAGGAAACAUAUCUGAGGAAAUAUAAGAAUAUCCAAAACUGGAGUUUAUUAAAAGACAUGGCAGUCCACCAAAACCCUCCCUCAGAACUACAAGCUUUCAUCUUUGAGAUAGAAGAGAAAAUCAAGCUGCUUCAGAUCUGAAAAAAUAUACAGGUGAUUCUGUCCAUCCUGGACAGAAUCAAACUCAGGCCCUUCUUGCUGUGAGGCAACAGCACCUCCACGCUGCCCCUACGUACAAAAUGAGAAGCAGAAAAUGCAACCAACUUCUAAGACUAAACUUAGGAGGCAGAUUUCUUUGAAAAAUUGAAUGCAAGUUUCCAGAGAAGGAUGGGAGCUAUAUUAAAGGUAGAGGUAAAAAGGUGGACACACUAAAUACAGAAAUAAUCUAUGUUUCUGCUUUUUUCAUGAUGCUGAAAGAUUGAUAACUUGUACAUAAUGACCAUUUUGACUAGAGAAUUCAAUAAAUGAAGGAUGGUCUGUUGGCACUGUUGGCACAACACAUCAUAUCUCUGAAAUGACAUCUUUUCAAGAGAAGGAACAAAUGCUGAUGCCAUUUAAAGUGAGUUAGAAUAACAAUAUAUUUAAUUCCAUGUAAUUUCAGUCUAUUCUAUUGGUUCAUUCAUAAAGAAGAUUUCAUAUAAUGUAAUGAGCAGCACACAUUUUCAAGUUCAGCAAUAAUUUUUCAUAAAGCCUACACUCUGGCUAUUCCUGUCUUAAUGUCUGAAAAUAUACAGUUUAUAUAUAUAUAUAU